AUGGGGUAUCCCUCGAAUUUGAAAAUCGCCACCAAGGUGUUGACCAAGGACAUCUUAUUGGCGUCGACGGCAUUUACCCGAAUGGAUAAAAUCAACUUUGGCGCACGCAUGGCUGUCUUUAAAUUUGCAAGUCCAAGUGCUAGCAAAGUUGUUGUUUGGAGCCCCCUUCCUUACUCGCCGCAAGUGUUGGACGUCCUUAAAGACUUUUUAGGAGCUUCGUCGGAAGCAGACUUGAAUAUCGAUUACGUGAUUGUUCCCGAUCGAGAACACAACAUGGCAGCAGCAGUGUAUAAGGAGAAAUUCCCCCAUGCCAAGGUGAUCGGCCCGGAAAAGACUGAGCGGGUCAAAUUGGAUGUCACUUUCACUGAAAAGGAAGCUAAUAAAUUGAUACUGGGCGCGUCCUUAUCGCAAUUGGUGGAUGGUGACCGCGUGAUUGUCGAUAAUUUCGACUUUGUCUACUUGCCCUACCAUGCCAAUUCGGAGUUGGUGGUGUUUGAAAAAUCAAGCAAGACGCUAUUUGAAGCGGACUUGUUGUUCAAUCUCGGAGCCAAGGGCCCGUUGGAGCAGUUUUCGCCCGCAACGGGGUUUCCUGAAAACUACAAUCCUCACACGGGAUGGUCGUACAUUACCAGGUACAUGCAACCAUAUUCCAAAAUUGGCAGAUUUAUGUUUCGCAAGAUUGUCAAUGUAUCAAAGAGCAAGAGUGGGUUGGAGGCUAUAGCCUCGUUGGAUUUUGAUACUAUUGUGAUGUCUCAUGGUAACAUCAUCACCACGGAUGCUAAAGAAGCUUUUAAGCAUGAUUUCCUAAGCUGA